UCUUUAGGGAAAUUUAUAUUAGAGACAGUAAUAAAAAAAAGUGUUGAUAUCGAAGCAACGUAAUAUGAUAAUUUAGUUAUAUAACAGCAAAAUGUGGAAACUCUGGACGCUUGUGUUAGUAUUGAAUUUGGCGGUGCAUGAAAGUGGUGCCAUACGCCCAGCCACCACCAGCGACGCCCAAACGAAAUGUGGUUCGGUGUUAUGUGAAAUGGUCUCCGAGGUGUUUAGUAAAGCCAAGUUGAGUUAUGGCUACAAUUAUGUGCAUACAAUUCCAGCGGGGGCAAUGAACUUAACGGUGAAACAGCUGGCACGAAGUGAUAAUUUAUUGGCACUCAAAACUACCGAUGAUAUCUUUCUGAUUAACGGUAAUAAUCGCGCCUCGGAGAGUGGCAUAUUCGAGUAUAAUGACGACAGCUAUGACUACAAUCGUGAAUUGAGUAUAAUCACUGCUAAGGGUCCCAUAGGUAAACCCGUUGUGCUUUUGCUCUUUGUGCGCGGCCAUAAUACUGGUAUAAAAUAUGACUAUACACUGCCUGUACCGUCGGCUUCCAUAACCGAGGAGGAGGAGCUGCAGUCACAGUGGAACGAGGUGGGCCAGCCACUGGACGAGUUAGACGAGAACAACAUUGAUGGCUCCGUUUCGGCACAGAUCGCACGCGCACGUGAACGCAAACGACGCAAGUUUUCGUGGAAGCUACUCGGCUUUGGUGAAUGUAAUCGCUCUUGUGGACCAGGCAUACAACCACCGAUUUUCCGUUGCAUACGCGAUUCGCCGACGCGUUACUAUUCACCGAAGCGUUGCGCGUUUGUGGAGAAGCCAGUCUUCAGUGAGGACAUCUAUCAUUGUAAUCGCGGACUGUGUCCAGCUUAUUGGCGCGCUGGUGAAUACGGCGAGUGUAAAUGCGCCGAAGGUGUGGCCGAGGGUGUGCGUUCCCGUUACGUGAACUGCGUGCAGGAGCAAAAUAACGGCAAGGUGGAAAUAAUCUCCGAAGAUUUGUGUGAGCAGGAGAAGUUGCCCCAGUUGAAUGAGACGUGCAAUUGUCCAAAGCUGAAUCGGCGUAAGAUCUACGCACGCGGACCCGACAAGACGCCACGCGUAUUCUCGCGCUUGGUGAUAGCGCCCACUUUGGUGCGCAGUGUUUACAACUCAACUACGCCAUUGCGGCGGCAUCUGCGAGACGAUCGCGUGGACAAAGCGGGUGUGUGGUUGAUGUCGGGCUGGAAUCAAGAGUGUUCGACCGAUUGCGGCGCUGGCUUUGAGCAUCGUUCGAUCUACUGUGAUCGCACGCCACCCUAUACGGAUCUUUGUGAUCUACGCUUCACGCCCGAGCAAAAGCGUAUUUGUAGUGGUAGUCAACAGGCCGAGGCGUGUCAGUAUGGCAGAUGGUUCACUUCCGAAUGGAGUAAUUGCACAGGUGAUUGCUUCAACUUACAGCGCAAGCGUUCUGUGCUUUGCUUGCGCGAUGGCGUGGCGGUGGAUGAGUCGGAAUGCGAUCUCUUGUUGCGCCCGCGCGCUGUUAUGAAUUGCACACACAAGGAGGUGACGUUUUGUGGGCCCAAGUGGCAUUACUCCGAGUGGUCGGAGUGCUCCCGCUCUUGUGGCGACGGUGUUCAACGACGUUACGCCAAAUGUCUGGAAUUCGAUUGGAAACAAAAGGCGAUGGUGGAAUCGAGUAAUUGCAAAUAUUUGGAGCGUGAGCCGGUCUAUGGCACAUGUAAAGUGCAGAAGUGUGAAGAACUCAACACACUCUUCGAUGUGGAGCGUGAUAUUUUGAAGCCAGUAGAUCCACCUGUCAAUUGCAAAGAUGAUGUGAGUAAUUGUCAGCGGAUAAAUCGACAACGAUUGUGCAAAUUGCACUACUACAAAACCUAUUGCUGUGCCACAUGCAGCGGAUAUGCUUAGCAAAUGCGUUUAGCAAUGGCCAAUUGAGGAAAUAUGUGGCAGCGACGAGUGCAGGCGAGAAAGUUUCGCCCCAGCAGCUUCAGAACCGGCGCUGAAGCAUUGCGUAUUUAAUUGUAUUUAAAUUAUUGGCAGCAACGACAAUAACAAUAGCAAUAAUAAUUACUAUCAUAACAUUAGCUUAGCAUUUAAUGUAGUCAGUUUAGCUCGUAAGUUGCAAGAAAAGUUGAAAAUUUAAGAAGAUUAAGGCGCUUAUGGCACGUGAUGUCGAUAUGUGCCUGAGAAACAACAACUUAUUAAAUCUUAUUACAAGUUCACUAAUUGGAUUUGUACGAAACAUAUACUCGAAAUGUUCGUAUUAACUUAAGAUUUUUAACAAAAUGGAAGAUAAAUAUUUUCGGUACACAAUAAAGGGUGUUUCAGUGCACCUUAAUUGCUUAAAUUUCGAAUAUAAGUAUUUUUGUGUCCAGUAAGAAUAACAACUUUAAAUGUUUUAAAAAACUUAGUGUAUGAGUACUAACCUGCCAUAUAGGCGCACGUACAAGAAUAUAACUACAUACCGUCACCUGAAAUGCAAAACAACGUAUCAUCAAAAAAUUCGAAAAUCUCGAAAAUCGCUGUCGGAUGUAAUAACCAAUAAAUAACCAAAUAAUGACUUUAUGAUAACCAAAAUGUAACCAUUUUAUAACCAAAACUCAAAUUUUGUUUCAAUAUGAGUGGUUUUUGUUUUAAUGUUUCCUCUUCGCCUGUAAACUUAUGAGAAGUGGUGUUACGUUAUUUUGCAUUUUAGGUGACGAUAUGUAUGUAUGUACUUACUAACCCCAUAGAGCCAUACCAAACAUAUUUAUUGCAUUUUUACGCGUUUAUUUGUAAUAAUUCAAAUAACUGUAUAAAUAAUAAAUAAAAAUAUAAAUAAAUUUGAA